GGGCUCCGUCACUGCCACAGUCCAUUCCAUCACUCUCCCCUGCCUUGAUUCUUACCCACUUCCAAAAGCCCACAACUUGUCUUCUCUUCCUUACGACAUCGUUAUUCAUCAGCAUCUUCGACUCGCAAUAACAGCAUCAGCUCGUCCUCAACGACUUCGCGAGCGCACUUUACCCUGAGCCUAUACUAGAUCGCAUCAUUUCUCGACUCUCUUAUCUCUAGACGCAAUGGCUCCCCCGCCGAACCCCAAUCUUCCUCUCCAGGAGAGGCUUCUGGCCCUUGCAAAGACCCUCCAGUUCGGUUGGUUUGUAGGACACCUCACCCUGAUCCUUACAACGGGCCGAUAUUUCUUGUCCUGGAUUCGAAUGAACUACUACACCCGCAUGGCUCAGCUCUCCUACCGUACUGCCUUUAUCGCUGCCGCUGUCACCUAUGGCAUCGUCGUCUACAAGACCAUGCGCGCUCGCGCAAAGACCGGCGCCCGAGCUGCUCCCACCCCCAUGGCUCUCCUUGCUGAUGAGAACAUCCAGUACCUUGCCAUGGCCCUUGUGUGGCUUUUCUCUCCCCAGUACCCCCUCGCCUUGAUCCCUUACACGAUCUACUCGGUCUUCCACGUUGCCACCUACACCCGCGCCAACCUGAUCCCCGUUGUCCUUGCGCCCAAGCCUGCGCCCGAGGCUGCCGAUGGUGCUUCUCCUAGCCGCCAAGCUGUCAACAGCCCUCUUGCUAACCAGAUUGGCGCCUUCGUCAAGGAGUACUAUGAUGCUUCCAUGGCCAUCGUCUCCUCCCUUGAGAUCGCUCUCUGGGGACGUAUUCUCCUCUCCGCUAUUCUCUUCCAGCGCCGAUCUUGGAUCCUCAUUGUUCUCUACACUGCUUUCCUCCGUGCUCGUUACAGCCAGAGCACUCAUGUCCAGAACUCUUUUACCCAGCUCGGUGCUCGUGUCGACUCCCUCGUUAGUGCUCAGGGUACUCCCCCUGCCGCGCGACAGGUCUGGCAAGGUGUCAAGGAGGCCGGCAAGCAGUUCCACGAUGCUACUGACGUCAGCAAAUACAUUAGCGGCCCUGCUAAGAAGACCUCAUAAGCUCGAGACGACGAUACGCAGCUUCAGGUCAUUCUGACUUGAUCAUACUUAACGGAUAUGAAUUGAGACAUAGCGGAACCAGACAACAUUGAAACACCAUGACGCUACGAUUGGACUGGCUGCUUUGCAGCUAAACGCGACGACGAUUUCAGACUGGACAAAGAACAUGGGUGUAGCGAGUACAACUGCACAACCAUGGGAACGUGGAAAAGAGGCUUGGCCUCGUGACUGUAUUUGUUAUUCCUAUACUUGGAGAACUUUUCUGGCGACUGUUCUCAUGCGCAUGCGGAGGGAGCUUUGUGGGCCGAGCAAAUCGACUUGGUGCACAAGAUAUUCAGGAGGAAAUGGAAGUGGCCAUGGGAAUGAUGGGGGAGAUAACGAAGGAGACUGGAUGGAUGGGUAUGGAUUUCCUGGUGUUAGCUUUAUUGUAUUGGAAUUUCAGGUUUGAUCAUGACUUGUGCCGUUGUUACAGUGAUUUGCA